AUGUCGCUUGGUCGCUACACCAGGCUGGAUGAGAUUGGCCGAGGGAGUUUUGCUACAGUCUACCAGGGCGUUCAUACGAAAACGGGCACUUAUGUAGCCAUCAAGUCGGUCAACCUGUCCAAGCUGAACAAGAAAUUGAAGGAGAACCUAUCCUCCGAAAUACACAUCCUCAAAGGCCUCUACCAUCCACACAUCGUCGCCCUCAUCGACUGCCAGGAGACCUCUUCUCACAUUCAUCUGGUGAUGGAGUACUGUGCCUUGGGCGAUCUCUCCCUCUUCAUUAAGCGUCGAGAUACGCUGGGAGAUCAUCGAUAUACACGAGAUAUGAUCGCCAAGUAUCCGAACCCUCCCGGCGGCGCCCUCAAUGAAGUUGUCGUCCGUCAUUUCCUCAAACAACUAUCAAGCGCCCUCAAGUUUCUUCGUGAUCGAAAUCUCAUCCAUCGGGAUAUCAAGCCACAAAAUCUUUUGUUGUGUCCAUCCCCCUCAUCUUAUCGGAGCGGUGCGGGGAGCGGCGCGGCCACGGUGGUGCCGUUCAAAGGCUGCGAGGAUUCCUUCAACCCUGCAACCGGGGUGGAUUCGCUGCCUUUGCUCAAGAUCGCAGAUUUCGGCUUCGCGCGAUCCCUUCCGGCGACUUCCCUGGCAGAAACCUUGUGUGGCUCGCCAUUAUACAUGGCCCCCGAGAUCCUCCGAUACGAAAAGUAUGAUGCCAAGGCUGACCUCUGGUCUGUGGGUACUGUGCUCUACGAGAUGGUCGUCGGAAAGCCUCCAUUCCGGGCGACCAAUCAUGUAGAACUACUACGGAAGAUUGAGAAAGGGGAGGACAGAAUCAAAUUCCCCGAGGACAACCCAGCAUCCGAUGCUAUCAAAGCACUGAUUCGAGCGCUCUUGAAGAGGAACCCAGUUGAGCGGUUGAACUUUCCCGAAUUCUUUGAAAAUGAGGUUAUCACAGGCCCCAUCCCUGGCUUGCUUGCUGACGAUCAGCCAUCAAUAUCCCGCCAUCGUUCCGUUGACCCCGGCACCACAGAGGUACCUCCCCGACCCGAUUCUCGAUCUGGAACCAGCGUUCCAUCCGGGACGAGGCGGGAAAGGGAGGUAAACCGAGAAGAUGUGUACUCUCCACGUUCUUCUCCGCGGAACCAGAAACCUAGCACCCCGCCCACUUCGACGCCCAUGCGCCGAGUGGGAAGCACUGACAGGCCCCCAUCCGCUCCAAAGGAGUCAGAGCCGCCUAUGGCUUACCCGCAGAGACCAAACGCUGUCAGCCAUGCGACUGCUCCGGGACGGCAAGAACUUCUUGAUCGGAAAGCCACGACGACAGCUAUCGAGCGCCAGCGGAGUCGGAACACUUACUCCGAAGGCUCUCCACGGCUCGAUCAACCAGCUGACAAGCUUAAAGAGGAGCAGGAACGCGCUGCACAGGACGUUGCCUUUGAGAGGGAUUACGUGGUCGUGGAGAAGCGCGCAGUGGAAGUCAACGCGUUUGCAGAUGAACUCGCGCACAGCCCUCGCAUUCAGGGGGGACUCUCCAGAGCUGCACAAGCUGGUGCGAUUUCGCGUCGAGCAACGGUGCAAGGCGCAACACCUACCCUCUCGUCACCCCAAACGACUACCGGCAAAGCUAUGCAGGUCUUUUCCGGACGUUCCCGUGCAGAUUCGACACACCACCGCCAGGCCUCGUACGAACGGCGAUACGGACAAAGUCCCACGUCUGCAACAUCAGCUAUCUCGAAAGCACUCAAUAUGGCCAGCGGGCGGCUCUUUGGGAUGGGAUUCUCUCCACCUUUGACCAUCACAAAAGGCGGGCGGUCACCUCCCCUUGCCUACAAUCCGUUCCCGGCGUACCCUACAGCCCAUGGCAGCUUGAUGAUCAUAGGCGAUGGUGCCAAGUCGCAAGUGGCCCUGGACGAGGAUACCAAAACCGUGCAAGUCAUAGAAGAAUGUGCCACUCGCAGUGAUGUCGUAUAUGGGUUCGCCGAAGUCAAGUACAAGCAGCUCAUUCCGCUUGCCCCGUCCAUCCAGACCGACCCGUCUGCAAAGUCCAAUAUGUCUGGUGUGAGGGAUACUGCCGGUUCGACGGACGGGGACCUCACGGUCGAUGCCACCGUGACUCUAUCGGAAGAAGCCCUGGUGCUCUAUGUCAAAGCGCUAUCUUUGCUGGCAAAGUCGAUGGACAUAGCCGGGGUGUGGUGGACCCGGAAGAAUCGGGGAGAGACCUUCGGUGACCCGGUCAUGAGCCGGGCUGAUACGACAGGUGCAUUGGUUGGCACGCGGAUUAACAAUGUUGUGCAGUGGGUGCGCAACCGAUUUAACGAGGUCUUGGAGAAAGCAGAAUUCGUUCGUCUCAAGCUGAUCGAGGGGCAAAAGCGACUGCCACCUGAUCACCCCAGCCACCCCAGUAAUCACUCCGUUACAUCCUCGCUGGGCGCCGGAUCUACCGACAUCGUGGUGAGCUCAGGCGUCACGGCCGAAAAGCUCAUGUAUGAUCGUGCGCUGGAAAUGAGCCGUGCGGCGGCUAUCAAUGAGCUGACUGGUGAGGACUUGGCUGGAUGUGAGAUAGCGUACGUGACGGCGAUUCGCAUGCUGGAAGCGGUGCUGGAGGACGACGAGGUACCGGGCCUGGGCCCAGGCAAAGUCGAUACAUCUAAGGACAUGUACGAUGGGGUACCGGCUGAGGACCGCCAAGUUGUGGUCAAACUUGUCUCUAGUAUCCGUGGUCGGCUACAGGCUCUCCGCAAGAAGCUGGCAAUUCUUGCGAAACGAGCACCUACGGCCUCCGUGAAUGUCUAA